AUGUAUCUGUCAUACUAUUUCGUAUUGCUUACUCUGCCGUUAUACGUCGCGCAAAUAACGGUAUCAAACGAUCAGCGAAUACAAGAAGGGAUAGAGAAUAAGGACAAAAUAAAGACUGUGGCUAAUAACAGUGAAGCAAACAGAAAACGAUACCAAUGUAAGAUAUGCGGUGUGCUAUUCCGACGUUCAUAUACUUUGAUGAGCCAUAAGAUGGUACAUAUCGAUGAAAAAAAUUACGAAUGUGAGAUAUGCAAUAAAGCAUUCAAACGGGCCGGCGAACUGAAGAUGCACCAAGUGACGCACCGAAAGGAACGACCAUUCAAAUGUCACGUGUGCAAUAAAACAUUCAAAUACUCCAGUGUUCUGAAGAGACACCAAUCGACGCACGAAAACGAACGACCAUUCAAAUGUCACGUGUGUAAUGAAACAUUCAAAGAAUCUAUUAAUCUGAAGAGACACAAAUUGACGCACAGAAACGAACGACCAUACAAAUGUCACGUGUGCAAUAAAACAUUCAUGGAGUUCAACAAACUAAAGAGACACAAAUUGACGCACGAAAAUGAACGACCAUACAAAUGUGAAAUAUGUGGUAGGAAUUUCACUCAGAAAGGUGAUUUGAAUAGACACAUGAAAGUGCAUAAAAGUUCGGAUGAAAAGCUAUAUUCUACAAUUGCUGAAUUCUUUGAAUGUUUUAUUGCACACGUAACAUUCGAACAGUCGUUCGUUUCCGUGUGUCACUUGAUGUUUUCUCAGCUCGAUGCACCGUUUGAAUGUUUCAUUGCACACGUAACAUUUGAAUGCUCGCUUGUUUCCGUGCGUCAAUUGGUGUUUCUUCAGUGUUUGUUACCCUACGUUUCUGAUCACCAAAGUCAAAGGCAUUAUGCAGAUAUCAUUGUAGAAUUCUUGAGUGGCACAAUUUACUUCUACAGCUCGACGAAUUGCAACAGUAAUUUGAAAAAAGUAUCAGUUGUGUUAUAUUGUGACAGUUGA